GGCGGGCAGCGGGCUGUGCUCAGCUCCUGCAGGCUCUACUGAGCGCGGGCGCGGCGGGCAGAGUUGCGCGGAGGGCGUGAUGCCUGCACGGGAGGAGCUGGAGGCCAGCAAGGAAGGACAGGACUUAGCACCCGGCAUCACCUGGUGCUCCGGGGACUGCGGACUGGGCUCCAUCAUGUGACACCCUCCUGCUGCCAAGUGGAACAGGCCAUUUAACCCGAAUUGCAAAGUCCACAUUUGAACAAGCACUUCGGAAGCUGGGAAGGUGUCAGACCCACAGGGUUAGAGCUGUCAUCACACCUGCAGGAAGGUGAAGGCUCAGAAGAGAAGGCCUGCGACCACGUGGAACCUCAUGGACCAGUGGCUGCCAGCCCGGAGUCCUCCGGGAAGUGCCUGCUAUUAGCAAGAAGCUGCUGCCUACCCACAGUCACGUGUGUCCCAUAUGCUGAGGGAGAAGGCCAGAGCUGUAAACUGAGUCAUGACACCAGCCAGAAGGUGACUUCUGGGUCUCAUCGAGAGAAGAUGAAGGAAGACUCUGCUUCCAGCUCCCACGUGCCCGUCAGUGACAGCAAGUCCAUCCUGAAGUCCGAGCUCUUGAGCCUGCUGAAGACCUAUAACUGCUACCAUGAGGGCAGGAGCUUCCAGCUGAGACACCGAGAGGAGGAAGGGGUUCUGAUCAUCGAGGGGCUCCUCAACAUUGCCUGGGGGCUCCGCCGGCCCAUCCGCCUCCAGAUGCAGGAUGACCGGGAACCCAUGCACCUCCCUGCUUCCUUGUGGCUGCCUGCACGGCCCAGCUGCCCCUUGAAGGAGUCCUCUGCUCAGGACUGCAGAGUCACUGCCCAGGAGACAAAUGCCCAGGCCUCAAGCCAGGCUGCAGUCUCCAGGGACAGCUCAGGGACCCCAGAGGAAGACGAGGAGGUCCCCCAGCUGAUGCGGACCAAGAGUGAUGCUAGUGGCAUGAUCCAGAGGCGACCCAAGCGCCACACGCCCGGCGAGGCCCAGCGGAUCCGGCGGCACCGGUUCUCCAUCAAUGGGCACUUCUACAAUCACAAGACCUCCGUGUUCACCCCUGCCUAUGGGUCUGUCACCAACGUGAGGGUCAACAGCACCAUGACCACGCAGCAGGUGCUUACCUUGCUGCUCAACAAGUUCAGGGUGGAAGAUGGCCCUGGGGAGUUUGCACUCUAUGUGGUCCACGAGUCUGGGGAGCGGACAAAGCUGAAGGAUUGUGAGUACCCGCUGAUUUCCAGGAUCCUGCAUGGGCCCUGCGAGAAGAUUGUCAAGAUCUUCCUGAUGGAGGCAGACCUGGGCGAGGAGGUUCCCCAUGACGUUGCUCAGUAUAUUAAGUUUGAAAUGCCUGUGCUGGACAGUUUUGUUGAAAAAUUAAAAGAAGAGGAAGAGAGAGAAAUCAUCAAACUGACCAUGAAGUUCCAAGCCCUGCGUCUCACAAUGCUAGAGCGUCUGGCACAGCUGGUGGAGGCCAAGUAGCCACUGGUGCCGCUCCAUCUACUGCCCCAGCCACAAGUGCCACAGAACCCAAUGGCUAGGCUGACUGGUCACUCUGAUCACACUAUUGCCUGUGGAAUCCAGAGCCCAUGCUUCUUAUAUGUCAAAGCCUAAGUGCAGAGGGCCCCGCUCCCCUGGGAGCACACAAGGGACAGAUUCAGUCCCUGGGAGCCAGGGGCACUUCAGCCAGGGGCUGCACGGGAAGUGGCCUAGGGAGUGAGCACUCCUAAAGCCGUGGCACCAGCCUCAUUCUCUGGCUGAGCAAUGUGGCCAGUCCUACGCAUGUCACACCCCCUGCUAAGGAGGGCAGCACCCAACACAGACCACCAGCCAUGCCUUCAUCACCCAGGAGCCAUGAGAGCCUUGUCUAUCCCUGUGUCCUGCUGCCACUCAGGGCCCUGCUGUGGAAAGCCAUGUUCCACCCCUCUUUUCCCCAUGGCGACCUUGGCCCUCAAAGCCACAGCCCUGCACCGCAGCACAGAGGUUGGGUCACCAGCAAGAUCACACUGCUCCCAUCUCUCUGCAGAGUCAGUCUUUGUGCACAGUGAGACCCAAAGACACUUACAACUGGAGCAAGUAUCAACUUGAGCCCAUGGGGAGGAGGCCCCACGGCUCUGGGGGAACAUGGGAAUGGUGGCAGCUGAGCUCUGGAACGCAGGGCUCACCCCAUCUCGAAGCCCCAGGGAUGUCUGUGUACCUCUGCUACAGUGGUGGGAGUGACUCAGUACUUUCCAUCAGAGUGUGGUAAUGAGGAGAAAGACCCAUCUGGGGAGACAGGGUUUUGAAUUCCUAGGGGCCAGACAAUGAACAAUGUGUUUGCUGAUUGGUGGAGAAUUUGUGGACUGAAUGAAGAAGGCUUUGCAAAACUCUAUAGCAGUUGAUAACAGCUGUGCGGAUGUUUGUCUAAAACUGCAAAUUGAAGCCCCUGCUUUUCCUUUACUGAGGUCUGAGGGUGAUGGAUUCCCAGAGAAACUACAAAGGCUUGUGGAGAUGGAAGAGAUUCUGUAUCAGUGCUGCAGCAGCUCCACACAGGCUCAGGAUAGGGCAGAAUCAGGGAGCACUUCACGGUGUGGAGACUCUGGGUGUGUUGUGGGCACCAGGGCUCCCUGGACCAGCUCUGUGGUCAAGGAGUGCAGUGUGCUUGCCUGUCCUCUCCAACAGAGUGACUUCAUAGGGCUCAAUAAAAUUGUGCUGAGCUGAGCUGUGGACACGAGGGCCAGGCUGUCUUUGUCUUUGCCUCUCAGUGUGUCCACUGUGGCCCCAGCUCUUGGAAGUUUUUAUAUCACAGUGUAUGCAGCCACCACUUGACACUGACAGACUCCUUGCUUCCAUGCCCAGUUGAGACCAUUGUGGCCUGAGACAUAGAGGAGGACAUACUGCAGGGGCCUGCUGGUGGCUGAGCAGCAGGGCUACCCUGAACUGCAGGCUCUGAGCACCCAAAGGGGCUCAGGCCAUCCAGGGAGGAGCAUAGGAGAGGAUGGGAUCACACCAGGCAGCAGCCCUGGGUAAGUUGACUCUGCACCUGUGUCUCAGGCAUGGACCACUCCUGUCCUGUGUUGAGUGGUAAUGGAUAGAUGCCCAAGGGACAGAGAUGGAGCCCCAGGCGGCCUGUCUCAGAACUAUCAUCAGGAGCAGCUGGCCAGACAGCAGAGAGAAGCCAGGAGGCUGUGGACCAAGGCUGAGGCUGCAUGGCACUGGCUGGGGUGCAGUCUUCAGUGUGGCAGGCCAAGCCCCUGCCUGCCCAGGCACCAUGACCCGGGGCUCUGGAUGCCAUCUGAGCAGGAAACCCCCUGUUACCACCAGCCUGGUCAGUUGUAUAUAUUUUUGCAAUUGUUAAAGUAUGAUUUAAAGGCUUUUCAGAUGAGUGUCACUUUGGAAAUAGAUACGAAUAUCAUGGCUCGGAAAAGUCUCUUCAAGUUGCACAGAAAAGGGGAUCAUUUUUGCUGCAGUGUUUGGAGGAGUUUGCAAGGCUUUUGACUAGAGGUUCUCAGGAAAGCUGCUGGUCUGUCAGAGCUGCGGCUGCAGCUGGUUGGGGGUACCACUUUGUCUAAUUUGGUUCACACUGUGGCUCCAUAUACUCCUCAUGCUUCGUAUAGUCCAGGUAUCCAAGGUAAAGCUAAGAUCUCUGUCAGAAAGUGCUGUCUUUUAGGUUGCACUGUCCUCCCAGCCAGCCUAGGGAACCUGCUGCCAGGAUGAUAAACAUCACUGGAUAAGAUCAACAUGAUUGCAAAAGGACUGAACUUGGGAAAAACAAGGUUGUUUGUUCAGAACAAAUGACCAGAGGAAUCAAAAGCAGCUUGUUUUUUUGCUGCAAUAACACUUUGCUGCUUGUUUGGAGUGUCUACCAGAAAAUAGGUUAAAGAUCUUUCACCAUCAAAACAAAGCCAUGUACCAGGGACACAUCCGGGCCUUGAGCUCCCAGGAACAAAGCCAAGGCUGACCCAGCCCAACCAGGUGACUGGUGGAGGGACUAACGAUGCCAGACAUGGUCAUGCAUGGUAGCUCGGGUGCCCACAGCUGCAAAGGGACCUCCUGGUCAGGUGCAGAGGUGAGCAGCAGCCCUCUGCCCUCAGGCCCUUCGCAGUGACCAUACAGGAAGCCAGGUCAAAGCCAAGCAGCUCCAAGUACAACAACAGCCAGCUGCAUGCGCUAUAUUUAGGCCACGAGCCGUGGUUGGGUGGGAGCCAGCUACCAACGUGCCCAGCGGUCACAGCAUGCAGCAGGCAUGGGCUGUCCUCCUGGGGCAGGCACAGGGUUGUUUUCUGCAGGAGUGAGAAUUCCCAGGGUUCCUUGCACUGAGAGCCCAGAAGAAGCAAAGCAAAGUCUCAGGCAUAGUAGGUAGAACCUUGCUCAGGGCCCCUGAGCUGAGGGGUCCACUUCGGGGAGAGUGACCAUGCUAGUCAGUGCCUCAGGCCACAGGGCCAGUUUUGUUUUCCCCUGGGUUGCUGGUCAGCACUGCCAACACAGACCCAGGGCAGCGGCCCUCCCCCCGAAACAUGCUGGUGAGAUAGCAAAUGUGUACAGAAACACAUGCACAGGGACAGGUGCAGGACCAUGGGAGAAGGAAGUGUCUUGCCAGGAGGUCACUCAGCCAGUAGGUGCUUUUCCUAGCAUGAACCCAUCUAAUAACACUGCACUAGGGGCACUGUGGCCCCAACUUCCCAGAGACGCCUUGACCACAGAGGGGUCCUUGCUCUGUCAGCUUCUCCUAGCCCCAGAAGAUACAAUUAGGACCCCAAACUGUGACCUCCACUCUUUCCAUUCUCUUUCCUAAGUUUCAGAUGUGACCAUUCUUGAUUGUUUAAUUUGCUCUAAAGUAACCUGGAAUUCCCAACUUUCUGGCUUCCAAGUCUGCCUCUAUUUAUAAAAAUGUGUAACUUUUAGUGGUGUUUCAGAAAAACCACGUCCUGGUGGAUGAGAACCAGCUGCCAGAGGGAAGAGGUGAACUGAGAUCAGACAAAGACAACUCUAGGAUAGCAAUUUACUGGGGCCUUGUGGACAAAAGUUUGGCUUGGGUGACAGCAAAAGGCAGGAAUGUGGGGCCAGAGAACGUGGCCAGGGAAGGGCGGCCACACCUGAGAGUGCUUGAUGAUGCCAGUGAGAGUGGGACUCAGUAAGCUCUCUGUCAAGGUGAACUAUUAUAGCAGUGAUAAAUAACUUGGGGACAUAAACCCUACCCGUUUAUUCUCCAUUUCCCUUUUCCUCUCCCUCCCCAGCCUCUUCUGACCCUGAUCUCUCUCCCUGUCCUUACCUCCAUCCUUGCCCACCAUUCACUCCCCUUUACUUCCUCCUGAUUUUUAUGCCUCUCUCUUUUAAAAUCCUCACCCAGUUUCUAAUCUGUACACCUCUGGGGCUGGCCCAGUUGUCUUCAGGCCUGAGAAAAAGAGGCAGUGUGGGAUAUCGAAAGGGUUAGGUCCCAUCUUACUAUGAUGUGUGUUAGAAAAAAUUGCUUAUUAUUUUCAUGUACACAAAGCAAACAGUCCUAGAAGAUCAUUUUUGGCCUUCAAAUUUGGAGAAAUCAUCGCUGGCAUCUCUGGCUACCUUCAGCCCCUCCAACCACCAGCACCAAUAGCUUGUAGUAAUUUAACAAUAAAAACCAAAUGGCUUCAA